AUGGAUCAUUCGAAGAUGGACCACUCGAAGAUGAACCACAUGGCGAUGGCCUCCGGCGAUUCGUCGGGCCUCGUCCAUGUGCCGCCGGUCGAUGCGCCGUCGGGGUCCAAGGUUUUGUCCUACACCGACCUCAAGCGUGCCGAUCGCGCCUACCGGCUCAAUCCGCCCGAUCGCACGAUCGACAUCAGACUCACCGGCAACAUGGAGAAGUUCUUCUGGUCGUUCGACGACAGGAAGUAUUCCGAGGAGCCGGUGAUGAACUUCAUCCAGGGCGAGACGGUGCGGUUGGUCUUCCGGAACGAGACCAUGAUGAACCAUCCCAUCCAUCUUCAUGGGCUCUGGAUGGACGUGGAGAACGGCGCCGGCGAUGAGCGGCCGCGCAAGCAUGUGGUGAUCGUGCCGCCCGGCCGUACGGUGAGCGUCACCGUGCACAUGACGGAGGAAGGCCGGUGGCCGUUCCACUGUCAUCUCCUCUACCACAUGAUGACCGGCAUGUUCCGCGAGUUCGUGGUGUCCGCGAAAGGCACCCCGCUGCCUGAGGCAUCGCCGGCCCCGACGAAGGGAGGCGGUCAUGCGCACCACUGA